AACCGCAAGAUAGUUUUGUGUAAAUAGGUCGUCUGUAAAAAUCGUUUGUGCACAUGUCAAAUAUGUUUGAAUACCGUAUAUAAAAGCCUGAACAUUUUUAUAAAGUUAUUAGUUAUACUUAAUCAACUGAAAUACUUGGUUCAUAAAUAUCCAGUACCUCUUCCGAUAUCAAAAAUGUUUUGUAAACUAUUUUUACUUACUCUUAUUGUUGCUGUUGUAAUGGCGGCACAAACUGCCGAGGAAGCAUGGCCAAAAUACAAGCUGGAUUAUAGCAGAAACUACAAUGCUGAGGAAGAUGCAAAACGAUUUGCCAUUUUUAAGGAUAACUACGAUAGAAUCGAAGCACACAACAAAAAAUUCAAGGCUGGAGAAGUAACAUGGGAAAUGGGAUUGAACCAAUUCGCUGACAGAACUCCCGAAGAACUUAAACAUCUUCAUGGAGUCAGACGUCCCGAAGCUCGUGGUGCUACUGGGGUGCAUUAAAUUAUUUAUUAAUAAAUGUUUAAAAAUGUUUCUAAAAUAAAGUUAUAUCUUUGC